CAUUUCUCCCAACUUCCGCCUGCGAGCCCAAUGCCGUUCCAUCGACUGCUCGACCUUGCCGUGAUAUGCGAUAAGUAUGACACUGUAAAGAUUGUGCGACCGUUCGUCACUGCCUGGAGCCGGGACCUUGAGGAGCUAUCUCUCCAGAAUGGAUACGAGGAGUCACUGUUCAUCGCUUGGACAUUCGGCUACCACAGCAUAUAUCAGUCCCUUUCAUCAAGGCUAGUUCUGUUCACCAUCAAAGGUCCGGAUGGAGAGUGCUUGAACAGUGGAGGCGACUUUCUCGGUCCAACGAUGCCACUAGACUCCAUCGAAACCAUCGUCAGAGUCAGACAGGACACCAUAUCAGCUCUUCUAGACACGUGCUACAAGAAGUUCGACGCCGUUCUUGCCGCUACCCAUGCCUGUGUGGUUAGCCAGCCAAGUGAUAACCGACAAAGUGUCGAAGCAUGUCAUGCCUCCGUUGUCGGUUCUUUAGUUCGAGGCUUCCAUCAGCUUGGGUUAUUCCCAAAACGCCCUACAGCCUCAGAAGUACCGAGAAACAUCAAUGAGCUUUCGAAAUCGCUCAUGGAUCUAACGAUAUAUUUUCACAAGUCAUGUGAGGGGAGUAGGUACAACCACACCAUCGAGGAUCAUACUGAAUGCACCAAAGCAGCUCAACUAUCUGAUUCCAUCCAGGAUAUCCUCAAGAAGAUCCCAUCGGCGGUUCUGGACUCCCAUAAAAAACAUAUGGACGAUCAAGCCAAGAAGUAGCGUGAUACUGGGUAAAGUCCUUGAAAAGAUAGUGACUUUGGAUUCGUCUUAGUAAAGAAAGUGAUUAUCGUUAUUCUUCUUAAUGUUUGCCAAGAGGUUACUUUGUCGAUAUACAUGCUUAUGGAUUUCGCUUUCUUUUUCACUCUCAUUCAAUUUCCAAAAAUUCAAUCCACCCCUCUGCUAUUCCUACGAAACAUCGUUUGGCCGUAUCUAAAUCUAUGACAGAGCUUUUCGGGUCUAAAACUCCUUUUCAUCGCAUACUGAAGUCAAGUCUCGGACUUCAUCAUAUCUGAUAGA